AUGUUGUCUGAUUCUGAAAUCCGCAAAAUGAAAGUUGCGCCACUCGUCGACAUUGAGAUGAGAAUGCGGUACAGUCGCGACGGAAACAUAAGAAGGAGUCACUCUCUUUGCAUCGAUGGUCUUACAACGCCACAUAAGCCUCUCUUGAUGUUAAGUGAGAAGUACAUCGCAUCUCACGCCCCUAACCGCAGGGAACUUUACGAUCGACCAAAUUGUCCUCAACAAAUGAAUGCUUAUGGCGAACUUCUGGACAAUAAGUAUGGAAAGCCGCUUAGCGAUUACCAUAGAGCCACUAUCCAUCUAAAUAUGGCUCGUUGCUUCCUAGAUUGUCUCGACAAGAAUAUUUGCAGCCAGGAUGACUUGCUCUAUCUCAUCGAAUACCACUUCAAAUCUGCACAUGGCUGGGCAACGGCAGUAAUCGAUCGGCGAAAACUAGACAUUACAAGUGAUGAGUGUGUGCCAUUUAACGAUAUCAUCAAUGCGGCCGAUGAUAUUAAGGACAGCUUGUACGCUCGAAAGAUUCAGAUGGACGCCCUCAAUAAAGAUAAUAUGGUAGAUGUCAUCCCUGGAUCGAGCGAACCAAUGUUGCCUUCUGAAGUUGUUGAUGACAAUGUCUUGGAAUGGAGCCAGAAUUCUGAGACACCAAAGUCUCGGUCUUCUGAACAACUUGCAGAUAUCGGCGCGCAAGAUGACCUGGAUGGAGGUGAUACAUCGACAGUGCGAGGCACGGAUGACAAAGUCAACAACUUUGACAGCGACCUUGAAGAAGUUGGAUACGAAAAUAUCAUUGCAAAGGCAAAGCAACCUGCUCCAAUAGAUGUUGAUCAGCUGUACAGUCAGACGGAUGUCAGAAUGGUACAUGGUUUUAUGCACUUCUUAGUACAUGAUAAGUUGGGCAUCUGCAACUUGAUGAAUGGUUAUCUUGAUAGAAUGGACGCUGCCCUCGAGCUUGGCGAACCUGAAUUUAAGAUAAUCAGAGAUGCUUCAGCGAUGAUGGCGUUGAAUGUUCGAGAUGACGGCAGUGGUCGCGCAGUUCCACCCGGCUCAUCACCAGACACCCCCCUCGCCACCAUUCAUUCCCAUUGCUUCUACCUCACCCAUCCGCACACACUCGAACAAUACUGA